GAAGAGACAUGACAGUAUGAGAGGAGAUUGAUUUUUCAACAAGAGGAGGGAAAGGUGAAAUUACCAAAUCUUUGUCUCUAGGCUAUGUGAAUCGACAAAACAUGUGGCAAAUCCGCCGUAAUUGUUUCAGAAUAGGAUGAAUGAAUAAGAGAGACGUCUGUUAGGAAGGCUUGACUCGCUCUAGAAGGCCCAAUGGAGCAGGAUGUUGAGAGCCCGGUCACCAUCCGACAGCCCAAGCUGCCCAAGCAUGUCCGGGAGGACCUGUUGGUGGAGCGGGAACGGGCCAAAAGGAAGGUCCAGAGGUACGUGCGCAAGGACGGCAAGUGCAACGUCCAUCACGGCAACGUGCGGGAGACCUACCGCUACCUGACAGACAUCUUCACCACGCUGGUGGACCUCAAGUGGAGAUUCAACCUGUUCAUCUUUGUUCUGGUGUACACAGUCACUUGGCUGUUCUUCGGCUUCAUGUGGUGGCUCAUUGCCUAUUUGCGUGGAGAUUUGGACCACAUAGGGGACAGCACGUGGACUCCCUGUGUCAAUAACCUCAACGGGUUUGUAUCUGCAUUUCUAUUCUCCAUCGAGACGGAGACCACUAUCGGGUACGGGUACAGGGUCAUCACAGACCAGUGCCCCGAGGGGAUUGUUUUGUUGUUGGUCCAGUCGGUUUUAGGGUCAAUAGUAAAUGCUUUCAUGGUGGGCUGCAUGUUCGUCAAAAUCUCACAACCCAAGAAGCGGGCGGAGACGUUAGUGUUCUCCACCUGUGCAGUAAUCUCCAUGAGGGAUGGUAGACUGUGCCUGAUGUUCAGGGUCGGCGACCUCCGGAACUCUCACAUUGUGGAGGCCUCUAUCAGGGCCAAGCUGAUCAAGUCCAAGCAGACCAAGGAAGGGGAGUUCAUCCCCCUCAACCAGACAGACAUGAACGUUGGUUAUGACACGGGGGACGACAGGUUGUUUCUGGUGUCGCCCCUCAUCAUCUGCCAUGAAAUCAACCAGAACAGCCCUUUCUGGGAGAUCUCCCAAGCCCACCUGGCCAAAGAGGACCUGGAGAUUGUGGUCAUUCUGGAAGGAAUGGUGGAGGCUACAGGUAUGACAUGCCAGGCCAGGAGUUCGUACGUGACCAGUGAAAUCAAGUGGGGCUAUCGUUUCACACCAGUCCUGACCCUGGAGGAUGGCUUCUACGAAGUGGACUACAACAGCUUCCAUGACAUCUAUGAGACAAACACACCCAGCUGCAGUGCCAAAGAGCUGGCGUCGCGUGUGCGCCUGCCGCUGACCUGGUCAGUGGCCAGCAGGCUGAGCCAGCAGGGGAUGCUUGAGCCUGAGAUCCAGGGCCGGGAGAAGAAGACCACCCUGGACACACAGGAGGAGGGUGUAGAGGAGCAGACGGAGAGGAACGGUGACAUCGCCAACAUGGAGAGCGAGUCCAAAGUGUAGGGAGAGAUGGAUCGGAGAUGGGAUGGAAAAAAGGAACAAGCACAGGUCUGUGGUCUGUGUUUAGGCAGGUCAUUGUGUCUCUGCUUGUGGCUGGCUAAACAGGCAAGCUGGUCCCAGUUUGGAGUUCAGGGCAAAUCCCCCCCCCCCCCACCACCCAAUCAUACGAAAAUGGUUUGGUCCAAGGAGCCCUGCAUCAAGAACAUCCUUUGCCUUCAAAGGUCGUUUGUCCCUCAAUGCUAGCUGGAGAUGAUGAGGACCACUGACCUAGACCGCUCUGUGUAGGGCAACUGCAUGUUUUCAAAAUAUUGUUUUCUUUUCCUCUUUAGGAAUAUCAAUUCAUAUUUAUUAUUUUCAGUUUUUUUAUUAAAAGAUUUAAAACCUCUCUCUAUAUACAAAUAUAUAUUCUAGGGCAUUUGUAUUUUUUGUAUAAAUAUUUCAGUAUUUGUUUUGUUGCAGAAGUGUGAAUAUUUGAAAGAACAAUGUUUGAUACCAAUUCAUUUAGGCCAGGUUUGUAAAUAUUCUAUGCCUUAUGUAUGAAGCUUUCUUUACAUUAGAGGUUUUCAGAAAUAUAUACGCACGUACAAAAACUCACUGUGGUAAAUUGGUUCUAUAUUGUGUACAUAAUAGAAUACCAUCAGUAGUGGUAGGUGAAACAAAAGAACUCUUUACAAUACUGGAUGCAAACAUUAUUGAGGAGACCAAUGGCAUCCUGAGCAUUUGGUGGAACUGUGGCAGUGCCCAGUCAAAGUGGUCGCCACUUUCUCAUCCAUUUAUGAAGUUGUCUUGUAACCUGUGCCACUUGGAAUCCACUAAAAAGGCAUGCUUCUCUUAAUCCCUCCCUUGGAAAAGCAUUGGUCUGAUGGGACAUUGGUAAAAGCUGCAGAGUUGCAUUCGCUUUCAUCCAAUGGUGAUCGAUUAGAGAUUACCUCAAGGAGGGGAAGAAGGAAGGCUUCCUUUGAAGUGUAUUCAAAUAAAUGGAUGUGGGCUUGAGCCUUUUUAUCUGACUGUGAGACUAGCAGACUUACACCAUGGCUGGAUCUCGGGUCAGACUAUGAACCCCAUAUUCCAUACACCCAAUCUUGAUGACUUGAAUCCAGACACCCCCAGGUUUCAUGCAAUGCCCUUUAAAUUUGGACUGGUAGCUUGAAGGGAACAUAAUGCUGAUGGGAGUUGGGCUGACAAUGCAGACUGUCUGUUGGAAUCAGUUAUUUAUUUAUUUUUACCAUCUGCUAUAAUGUUUUACUUUGGCUAUAAAAUUAACUUUUUUCAAUAUGAUUUCGGGAACCAAGGAAGUAUUUAUGUCUUAAAUUGGUGGUCUUAAGCAACACAGUCCAACAGAAUUUGCAUAACUUCAUAGAAUGAAGCCAUAAGGAGGCCUAGGAUGCUUUGACAGGGCUAUCACAUCAUUUCUGUUCCACUAUUUCAGUUGGUGUUCAGACAGUGUGGGGAUGCUCCAUUCUGUCUCGUUGACAGAAAAAAAUAAAAAAGAAGCUUGACUCCCAUCAGAGCCCAUCCUCUAGUAAAUGCAGUUCUCUUAAGUGGUUGCAUCUCAUGUAGACCCCUAAUCUAAAUACUGGAAAAAAACGACGUGUCUUUCUCCAGAUGCCUGUUCUCUGAAAUUCUGCUUCAGUUACCAGGCAGUGUGUGUCAGCUGAGUCUAUGGUGGUUGCCAUGGGGACGAGUUGGUCUACUUUACAGUGUGCCACGAGCCAGUGUGACUGUGGCAUGUCACCCAGUGGAAGGUUUCCUGCAGACUCUACAGGUCCUGCAGUGGCUACUGGCCAUGGUAGUGAAGGGGACUUAAGAGGAGCUAAAUCUGUGGUUUAUUUUUGUUAAGUCACUAAUAGAAUUAGGAGGAUUCUAUCAGAUCCAGGUGCUUUUAAUAAGCGUUAGUUAAUAGGUUAUAAGGCCCUAAUAAGAUGCUUAUUAACAUUAAUACAUGUUAAUAAGACUAUUUAAGUAAUAAUAAUAUAAGUAAGGGUUAGGGUUGAGGUAAGUGUUAUCAUAAGAUGAAAUAAGUGUUAGUUUACAGGAAAUAAGGCC